AUUUACUUCUACAACAACACUCCAGAGGAAAGAACCAACGGGCGACCCCACUUCCAAACUGAUGGAAUAGAAAUAUUAUGCCCUCGCCAAAAACAGACCAUGCCGCACUCUGCAUCCUUCUGCUAACUAUCCUGCUGAUGUGUCUGUUGAAGAAGCGGUCUUCCAAAAACCGCGCUCAGAAACUACCAAGGAUGGUUUCGUGGAACGUCUACAACUUGUGUUGUGGCGACCGUACCGUGAGCUCGGAAUUGGCGGAUGAUUCCAAGCGCGCUCCGUAUAAGGUUUUCAAGGAGCUGUAUGAGGAUACGAGAAAGACAGAGAAACACGCAGACCAAGCCAAUGUUACGAGUGAUGAGCAGAGUGAGUAUCUCGAAGACCAGGAGUUGAAGAAGGCAGCGGAGUGUGGAAAAUGGGGAGGUGCGGUUCCGAGUAGGUUGUUUCUAAAGAUCUACCAUGAUGCGCUUUGCACGCUAGACAAAAACCCACUUGGCGGAGUCGUUUCUCCGCCGCUCAUGGGGAGUAAUGGUGUUGUUCCGCUAACGAUUGUUGCGCCACUGCCGGAUGUCUGUCGGCACAUGGCGAACUGCAUCGCCCGCGCGGAGAAGGAGGUCUUUCUUGCGACGAAUUACUGGAUCUACUCUGAUGCUUCGACGUUAAUUACCAAUGGCUUGAAGGAAUUAUCGAGACGCGCUGGUGAGCGUGGAGAGAAGGUUGUUGUCAAGAUUCUCUAUGAUAGAGGAGAUCCUAGGCAGGUCUGGGGUAAUCGUCUAAAUGUCGGAGAGAAAAGCUACGUGACGGGCAAAGUCCAGUUACCCGCUUCAGAGGAGAUUCCGAAUAUCGAUAUGCAGGUGAUCAACUAUCACCGGCCAAUUUUUGGAACAUUCCACGCAAAGUUUAUGAUUGUGGACCGGCGCAUUGCGCUCUUACAGAGCAGCAAUAUUCAAGAUAAUGACAACCUGGAAAUGAUGGUUCAUGUCGAGGGACCGAUUGUGGAUUCUCUGUACGAUACUGCGCUGAUCUCUUGGGGAAAGGCACUGGAACCGCCCUUACCAAUGCUGGACUCACCGGCGGCUACUGCUCCUAUCCCGAGUUUCUCAAUGGAAACCGACAAGCUUUCUGGAGAGGGAAGCACGCUUUUCGAACAUAGUAUUGAUGAUCCGCAUUACGAUGUUGAUGUCAAGGCCGAAACGAGGAGGGUCAAUGGGCUAGUCAAGCCGCGCGAUGGGGAAUCGCGCACCCAAUCGGUCUCGCGUCUUUUAAAUCACACACUUCAGCCCACGACAAUCGGCGAUGCACCCGACGAGGACCAUAUAAAUGAGAUGGAGCCAUAUGUGCUCCACAUACCGCACGAGCCAUUUCCGAUGGCCUUGGUGAACAGGGAGCCUUACGGAUCCCCCGACCAUACACGCACGAUUGUUCCGCAAAACGCAGCAUUCCUCGCUGCGAUCAAACACGCUGAACACUCAAUCUUUAUACAGACACCCAACAUGAACGCCGAGCCGCUGAUUGAGCCUCUCCUCGAGGCCGUGCGUCGAGGUAUACUUGUUACAUGCUAUCUCUGCCUCGGGUACAACGACGCCGGUGAGCUGCUCCCAUUCCAAAAUGGGACAAACGAGAUGAUUUCGAACCGGCUGUACGAUUCCCUCGAGACCGACCAGGAACGCUCCCUACUCCGAAUAUACAACUACGUCGCGAAAGACCAAACCAAACCGAUUCACAACAAGUUCAAGAAGCGAAGCUGCCACAUCAAACUAAUGAUCAUUGACGAAAAAGUAGCUAUCCAAGGAAACGGCAACCUCGACACCCAAUCCUACUACCACAGCCAAGAAGUCAACAUUCUUCUCGAUUCGCCUCUCAUAUGCCGCACCUGGCUCGACGUCCUCAACCGCAACCAGAAUACCGCGAAGUACGGCCUUGUAAGCCCUGACGACGGAUGUUGGCAUGAUCCCAAUACUGGAGAGCUACCAAUGGGCUCGCUAGGUGUUGAUCCGGGGAGCUUCAGUUGGGCGAAGGGGGCUGUGGGAGUCGUGCACAGGGUGCGGGGGACCGGUGGGUUUUAGUGUAGAAUGACCAAUGAUGGAUAAUCAGUAUGAUUUAUAGAUAGAAAUGAUGCCUUUUCCCUCUUUUGAGGAGUGUUGAUUUCACUACAUCCUUUAUAUCCGCUAGUUUAUGUGGGCAGGACUCAUGAGAGGGUUGCUUGAAGACCAUGAAAAAUUGUCUACCGUAG